GUGGUGGGGGGCGAGGGGCAGCAGACGGGCGAGAAGCCUCGAGUGGUCGCGCUGGGGGGCGAGGGCGGCAUUGAUGGCCGACAUGACGACCUCGGACAGCUCACUCAGCACUAUGGCGUACUCAGCCAGCACCAGGUGACGAUGACGGCCGUCCCUCUCGGUUGCUGUGGGUAUGCGGGCGAUGGAUGGGGCCGCACCGCUCCGCAGCAGCACACGGAUGGUGGUCUUGUGCUGGCGGAUCCGUCUUGAGUGCCACUCGCCCAGCGCUUCUCCCUGUCCAUGCUGCUGCUGCUGCUGCUGUUGGAUGACGAUUCUGAGCAUCUCGGCAGCGACGGCGAGUGGUGUCCGAUGAGGCUGGGGGGGCCUUCCUCGGUUGAUGUCAUCGGCUGUGAUCCGGCGGCACAGCCACUCAGCCAAGAUGGCGGAGCCAGCUUUUGCUGCCAAGUGCAGUGGCGUGUAGCCGAUGGUGUCUCUUGCCGUCAUGUCGGCUCCGUGGCUGGUGAUGAGGGUGAGGUACUGAUCGAUGAAUUGCUGGGAGAAGGUGGAGGGGGCGGUGGCUGCCAAAUGGAGCAGACUGUCUCCAGCAGCGGACCGUUCGGCUGCGAGAGUGCUGUCGUGUUGGAUCAGCCUGCGAUAGAUGGACAUGAGGGCAGCCUCGUACUCACGAGUGGGUGGAGGGGCAGCACCACCGACGCAGGGAAGCUCCAUCACCGGGCCCCAAAUUCCCCGCACGUCGGCCUGACGCGCCAGGAGGACCUCCACAGCCGUCAUAUUGCCCGCACCAACCGCCACUCUGAUGGGCCUGUCCACCCCCAUCAGCUCGCACCCGCCGCCAUUGAUGUCCGCCCCGCCGUCGAUGAGUGCACUGAGGAUGUCACGCUGCAGCUGAAGGGAGGACCACUGUGGCGGGACGACGGGCACCUGGGAGUUAUCAGCGCCGCGCGCACGGAGGAAUGGAUAGUUUAUUGGGCUGUCGAUUGCGAAAGACAGGCAGCUGUAUCGCCAGCGCCAGUAAGGGGGUCCUGUGGCGCCGCGGACAAGAAGGGCGCCGAUGGCUCUCGGGUUGGCUCCUUGCUCGAUCAGCUGUGUAACUUGGCUGACGUGAGUGAAGCUGCGGCGAGCGCAGCCCUCCAACAGCUGCCGACUCACAGCACUCACGCCCGGACUAGGAAUAAUGAUGUCGACGUCGUCCAGCCCCUUACAGCCGGGCGGCAGAGGAGGAGGUCCUUGUGAUGCGGCAGAGGACGAUUGGGCCAUUACAAUGAGUCACAGCC